AUGCUCUCCAUGGAGGAGCUCUUCUCCGUGGCGUUGUCUAAGCGUGCCCUGGUUCUGGAGCCCGAGCUUGCGAGAUCGCUCGGCGUUGCAACUUCUACAUCUAUUGGGCGUUCUGAGGCUUCUGACGCGGUGACAGGUGCCGCUCCUCGUGGUUCUAGCUACCGUGAUUCCCUCAUCGGUCGCAUGAUAUGCUGCGCUCUUCUGCAGAAGGCCGUUCGUCGGAGGCCGGCACCGAGCUCUGGAUUCAUACUCAAGCUCUUUGACGCGUUGAAUGGUGCCCCCUUCGACGUGAGUAUGGCGUUGGAAUCCCUUCAUCUGCGUGCCGAUGGUCUGGGUGAUGCGGACAGCGUCCCCAGUUCCGGCGUGGUCCGCACAUUGGCGAGCGUUGCGAAAGUAGGGGCUACUGGUUCUGAAGAUGAUGCACUGAGUAAGAUCGCAACAAGCCUUGGUCUGACGGAAGAUGAGUGUGCUGCGCUGAGCCACGGUCAGACCGAGUUGUUUGCAACGGUGUCCGUGCUCGGUCUGGUGUUGAGCUCUCUUUCCAAGUUCUCUGACUGCGCCGUCGGAUUGGCUUGCGAGGCUCUGCGUAUACCCACGCAGUGCCUAUCGAGCGCGGAGAUCCAGAAGCUCCCGCACUGCGUCGGAGUGGCACGGAACCUGAUAUGGUUGACGGAGGACAGCAAGUUGAUCCCCUCGUCGGCAACAUCGGGAGACACCAGUCUGGAGCUCAUUCUUCCCAGCUACAUGCUCGCAAACGGCGAGUUGGGGCACCUUUCGAAGACCGUAAUCAAGAUAACUUCCGAGAUGUUUGCCGCCAUUUGCGGUGGCAUGAACAACCCAGCAUCGCAAAAGGUCGCCGAACACGCAUGGAUAUUUGCCUUACAGUCGCAUGUGGCCAAUUUGUGCCGCUGCCUCACGUCGGUUGGCACGUGCUACAUGUCCCUCUUGCGGGGGCUGACCAACCACUUCAAGGUGAUAUUAUCUGAGAUCCAGAACUCCGAUGAGGCAUCGGGAGCCGGGAAUUCUUCAGUGCCAGAGGAGGCGAAGACUAGUGUAUCGGAAUAUGAGAACCUGUUACAGAGUUUCGAGACAUCGUUGGCUGGCUUCGAGACCCAAUCUGCCAGCAUCGAGAAGUUGGACAAACUCGCUGGAUUAUGCGGAGACAUGUCUGUCGCCUGUGUGUCUCUUUCUACGAGCAUUCUGUCAUUGCAGCAGCGCCCCAAGGGCAAGGUCGCCGAGGCAGCCAAAGCCGGAUCUGACGCGGGCGAACGCAAACUGUUGCUAGGACAUGGCAACUUGGGUGUAGAUGCGUAUUUGCGUGAACUUUUGGGCGACGAUAAUGUCAGCGGCAUGAAGUCGUACCAGGUCUUGUGCAACUCGCUCGCGGGGCCGCGGCUCCUCCACCAAUUAGCACGUGUGGAGACGCUGCUCAUCCCUCGCAAUCAGAAGGUGCGCAAGUUGAAGGUGCCCAAGGGAACAAUCGACACUUUACCGGAGGAGAUGCUGGUGCGCACCAUUGUACUGGACGCUGUGCGCUCAAUAUUCAAGCAGCAUGGUGCGUGCGAGAUUGACACCCCGGUAUUCGAGCUUCGCGAGACCCUAAUGGGGAAAUACGGAGAAGAUCAGAAGCUAAUCUUCGAUCUGAAAGAUAGUGGCGGUGAGCAGUUGUCAUUGAGGUACGACCUAACGGUCCCGUUCGCUCGCUUCCUGGCGUCGAACAAGAUCGACAAGAUGAAGCGCUAUCAGAUCGGCAAAGUGUACCGCCGUGAUGAGCCCCAGAUCAACAGAGGCCGCUUCCGUGAGUUCGUGCAGUGCGAUCUAGACUACGCGGGCGCCCACCCCCCGAUGGCGGCCGACGCCGAGGUGAUCUUUAUACUCAUACGCAUACUGCGCAUGCUUCGCCCUGAGGGGUUCCACAUCAAAAUAGGGCACCGCGUGAUUUUGGACGCAAUUAUGAGCCAUUGCGGCGUGCCGUCGGAGAUGCAUCGCACGAUAUGCAGCUCAAUCGACAAGCUCGACAAGGAGCCAUGGUCGGACGUGCGAGAUGAGAUGAUGUGCGAGAAGGGCCUGCCUGAGAGCGUCGUAAACGCGCUUCAGGACCUCGUUGAGACCAAAGGGCCUAUGCCCGAUGUGGUCGCCUUCCUGCGCGGAAAAAACAUUCCCGGAACCGCGUUAGCGCUGGACGAGAUGGUGCUGUUGAACGACUACCUAUCGGCGUACGGCGUCACAGCAGACGAGCUCUCCUUCGAUCUCAGCCUCGCUAGAGGGUUGGACUACUACACUGGUGUCAUUUUCGAAGCUGUGCUCACUGGUGCCUCCGUCGGCUCCGUCGGCGCGGGCGGCCGGUACGACGGUCUGAUCGGUGUACUCUCCGGAAGGAGCGUUCCAUCUGUCGGCAUGUCGGUAGGCAUCGAACGCCUGAUGAAGGCGGUUGACCACUGCGACCUUACAAGUGACAUCACCGACGUGUUCGUGUGUACCAUCGGCGACGAGUCCAUGGCACUGGAGCGGCUGCGCCUGUGCUCCCUUCUUUGGGACGGAGGUAUAACCGCAGAAUUCCAUUACAAUGCGCGCGCCAAUUUACGUAAGCAAUUCGACGCGGCCACCGCCAAAAGGGCACAGCUAGCCGUGGUAGUCGGCAUGUCAGAGGUUGCCGCCGGCACCGUCAGAAUUAAACCGUUGAGUUAUACCCAAGAUGACAGUACCGAUGAGCAGGGCUCGGAAAAGGUUGAGGAAAUUGUCGUUUCUAGGGCCAAAAUGGUACACACCGUCAGGCGCAUCCUAAGUGAGGAAAAUAGUGUGCAGCUCGUAAAAAUGAAGAUCGGCAGAAUGCGGCUCGUUUCGCUAGUCGCGCUGCUCGGCGUUGUACUAUCGAGCACCGCAUUCCUACCGUGUGACGCCUUCCUGUGGUUUUUCGGCCGAAACAAAGGUAGUGGGAAGGUCAGCAUGUUCUUUCACGCGAUUCCGUACAUCUUCCGUAAGUCCGGAUGCGUGCCCUGGGUCAACAAGGCCACCAACGACGACAUCCUGUCAAACAAGUUCAUCUACAUUGACUUGUUCAGCCGCAAGCAUCAUGACGCCAUUGAAGCCACUCCUCAAGAUGAUGACACCGUGAACAAGCGUACCAACAUUCUACUAUACCAGGUGAACACGGAGCUGCUUCCGCACACCUACGACAAUCCCACGCUCGGGGAUGUCAUGUACUACAGCCAGCUGCUCCAGGAGUACGGUGAGUACGACAGGCGUACGAUUUUGACCUACAAGGAUGACCUCAAGCGUCUCUGUGUUCUGAUCGAGUCUUACGACGUCACUGGCGAGCGUGUUUCUAUGCGCUUGUUCCGCGCCAGGAGGAAGGUCUGGUGGUUGAAGCAGGUUGCUAGCGAAGGAAAUGUUCUCUCGGACACCUGGGCGACCGUUAUGAGUACCCUCGGCUGGUCCGCCCCUAAGCCGGUAGUCAAGCAGACGCUCAACAUCAAGGAGUCCAACUGUCCACUGGGUAUGGUCAACCACAAGGCACCAUCGUACGACAUCAUUUACAACCGCAACGCUGGCUCUGGAACCGAGAACAUCGGCGACGUUAUAUUCCGUACGAUGCCAAUGACCCUCAUGCCUGGAAGCACCGACCUCUACAUCUGGCGUUUCUGCGAGACGGGGAAACACGAAAACAUCAAAUAUGUGGUGAUUGCCGAGAUUUUCCCCACCCACUCCAGCCACACGUACUACAGAUGUUUGUCCGUUGCUGAAUCGCAGUACGAGGUGGUCGACUCCUUUGCCUUGGUGACCGGUGCCCCUGAGAAGCUGGAGUCUGCGAACCCUUUCCCCAACUACACCAAGGAACUUGCUCAGCUGUCGUACAACUUCGGCGCUACCCGUGACCAUCGCUUUGAGCAAGACCUAGUUGUGCUCGCCUACCCGGGAUCGAAGCACUACUUGAUCCGCCCCCUGUCGAGGAGCAAUCUGAAGGUCAUCAUGAAGAUGGAGGUGCACGGUAGCCACAACGGGUUUGACCUGGGAAUCGAGGAUGCUGACGGAUACACAUACGUGGCUUGCACUGAAAUUGACAAGAAGUUCCAGCGUAGGAUCAGUUUGGCCUCGGUCAACGGUACAAAGUUGGCCCUGAUUUCCGCGCGUGUGUCACUGGAAAAGGCGGUGGACCCCAACAUGCCCCUCUGUGACCAGCACACGUACUCUUUGCUGAGGCACGGCCUCCCGAUCCAAUAUCUGGGCUUGGCAUACAACGAAAGGAUUAGCUCUUCUAAGUUCGUUGACCUGGACUUCAUGGACUACAACGAAUCUGAUGUGCUUGCCGGGCAGGUUGGCCACGGGAUGAUUCUCUACACCCCAUCUUUGGGAGGAUGCUUGGGAUUCAAAAACCUCGUGAUUGGCAAGGAGCAAUCAAUGACCUUAAAGACGUCGAUCAACACCCAGGUGCUGGUCGCUGAGAAUGGCAAGAAGACUGUGAUUGCUUUGGUGCAGGAUGGUGUGAAGGAGAUGCAACUCUAUGAGACCAACGGAAACAGUGCCACGCUGGUGGAUGCGAACAAAAAGUUUAAGUUGCUGAAGGAGUACGAUCUGGCGGAAUUUGAUCGCAUUACGAAGGAUGGAGUCACCCCGGUGCAGAGUUUAAUUACGCUGAACCUGAAUGACCCCAUGAUCAAUGGUGAUGUCGAGCUCUUCAUGGUGUCCAAUAACGUCGUUGUGUACACUCCACAAAAUGCUGAAAGUCGCAUUUUGGUCUUCGUUUGGGGCCGUGAGCAGCUCAUGUUUGAGGAGACGAGCAACCCGAUAUUCACUGUCAUCUCGGGCAAGGGGGAGAAGUACUUGUUGGUCGACGACUUCGUCGCCCAGAGCAACCGCAUUGACAGGUACCUGUACGCCAUGGAGGAGACUCCGUUAUACAGCAGGUUGAGGCUGCUCGCCAAGACGCACUGCGCGACCUCUGCUGGCAUUAACGAUAUUCGCAAUGCCCUUGAAAACACGUGGUACACUCUGAUCCCUGAGAAGCUUCCGGUUCUUGCUGACUUCCACGACCCUCGUAUUGGAAACGCUACCUUCACAUACCACAACAUGUCGACACUGUUCUUGCACCACGACCAUGAGUUCAGCCUCGGUGUCAUGAAGGUGGGUCAGGCUGCGGCGGAAACUGAAGCUGGGCACCGGUGGCGCCAGGUCUUCCGUAACACGGUGGGCGAUGGCAACAUCUAUUCUAUUUACACCAUGACACCCAAGGGUAUCAGGUGCGAUAGGAUUGGAGCUGACAACAAGAUGACCACCGAAACAAUGAUGACCUACCGUCGUCGGCUCUAUCCCACUCUGAGCAAGGAUUCUGUCGUAUGUAUGCUGGAGAACCUCGCGUUGAGUGACGUGAAAUCGGUGGUGUCUAAGAUAGGCACCGUUAAGGUCACGGUUGUGAAGCCCAGUGACUCAAGCAAAGCGUUCAACCCUCUCGUUUUCGGCCACCAUGAGAUCCAGUUUGUGUCACCCUACAAGUGUGUCAAGGUUACCAUUUCCGAACAGCCGGAUGGUCUGCGGGAAAUCAGCGCCGACUUGAGCCAUUCUGACGGAGGAUCGUCGAUGAUCAACUUCCGGGAGAAGAACCCCGGUUCCGGCUUUUUCCGUUUCGUCAGAGAUGACGAGGAAGCCAGAGUAGCAGAAGGCCGCUUCGUGGAUGUUAAUGAAAUGUUCGCUAACUACGCCCACCAUUUCGAAAACCUGGGCGUUGUGGACUUCAACAACGGCAUUUUCCCCCACUACGUGCGCUAUUUGACCCUGGCUGAAAACAAGGUGUACCUGACGGGUAACGUCAUGCACACCGGUUUGCGCAUCGUGUUCGGAACUCACACCGUGAAUGUGGACCCGUCGUCCAACCACUUCCACCUCUGGGUUACCUACCCAGGCCAGAAGACGGAAACGGCGACACUACACGUGCACUACACCGCCGAAGAGAAGCCCGUAUCUGCAUUCUACACAGUGGAGAACUCCGCCGACGCGAAGAUGCUCAGGCGCCCCCGCGAAUUUAACUGCAACUGGGGACCUCUGAGCAACCUGGAGCUCAGCACAGUGAACAACAUUCUCACCCGCCACACGCAGCUGCGUGGCGAGCUGGCGACGGUGAACUUGGAUUUGGGUGUCGGCGUCAAAUCCCCGGUUAUUAUCAAGAUGAAUCGCGACCCGAGCACCACUGUCUACACCACUCUGGCAUCUUCGGGAUGCGUCAUUGACCACGUCAUGUACAAGGGCGCAAUCAUCCGUGGAGUGCCGAAGCAGAUUGUGAAGCACGUGUACCACUCCGUGGGACCAAAAGAUGAGAUCGUGCUCAUUGUUGUGCGCACCAUUGCGGGCGUACGGGCGCAAGCAUAUCGGUUCACCAACGUGGGAUCCUUCGAGACGGUGGACCUGUCAAGAGUGGACGCUACGGACCACUCUAGCAUUCACUUCGUGAUGAACCAGCUAUCGUAG